UGUCGUCCGUGCUAUAUAGUAAUUGGAGAUAUUUCAGAGAAAACAGACCGGUUACCGUCAAAGUGAGAUAGAACCAACUCUCUAAAUCACUACUCCACCACGUCUAACAUUCCGACGGGCUCUCUGAAAACCCCCCACCAUUGCUAUGGUCCAAAUAAGCAAAUCGGCGACAAAUAUGACUAGAGAAUGAGGUACGGAACCUUCGAAGUCCAAUCAUCAUGCCAGUCCCCAGCUCUGACUGCUUUUCCGACCUGCUCUGCGGGGAAGAUUCCGGUAGCAUAUUUUCCGGCGGUAUUGAAGAGGCGCCAGAAGUUUCUUCGUCGGAGAAUACUCAGCCUCCUCCCCCCGAGGCCGACCUCGAUGAAUCUAUAGCCGGACUAAUUAACGACGAACGAAAUUUCGUCCCCGGAGUUGAUUACGCCGAGCGAUUCAGUUCUCAAUCACUCAUCGCUGCCGCCAGAGACGGCGCCGUUCAAUGGAUUCUAAAGGUCCAGCGAUAUUACGGUUUCCAGCCACUGACGGCGUAUCUUGCCGUCAAUUACUUUGAUCGAUUCCUCAACUCUCGCCGCCUGCCUAUGAUAAAUGGUUGGCCGCUGCAACUACUUUCUAUUGCGUGCUUGUCAUUAGCUGCUAAGAUGGAGGAAUCGCUGGUCCCAUCUCUUUUACAUCUUCAGGUUGAAGGCCCAAAAUACACAUUUGAACCAAAGACAAUACGCAGAAUGGAGCUUCAUGUGCUGAGUGUAUUGGAUUGGAGGCUAAGAUCAAUCACACCCUUUAGCUUUCUCGGCUUCUUCGCGAGCAAGCUUGAUCCAACAGGGACCUAUUCGGGAUUCUUUAUAUCAAAAGCCACCGACAUCAUUUUGUCAAAUAUACGAGAGACAAGCUUUCUUGAGUACUGGCCAUCAUGCAUUGCUGCUGCCACAAUGCUUUCUUCUGCCAAUGAUAUUCCAAAUUUCUCUUUUGUCAAUGCUGAGGAUGUUGAAUCAUGGUGUUCUGGGCUCAAAAAGGAAAAAAUAAUUGAUUGCUGCCAAUCAAUGCGGAGAAAUGGGGCCAUUGGAAUAAGGGCAAAUAGAUUUCCAAGAGUUUUACCGGAGGUCAGAGUUAUGGCUAGGCCGACAACAUUGUCAAGUGACACGUCAUCCUCCUCCCCCUCUUACAAAAGGAGAAGACUCGAUAAUAUCCCUUGGAGCCAAGAUGGGAGAAAAACUUGAUGAUAUGGUUGACAAGUUACGUUUUUUUUCAAUUAAUUCAAAUCCUCAACAAUUUUUCCUGGAGGGGAGGUCAAAAUAAUAAAAAACAACCAAAAUAUGGAAAUAAAGUUACCUGCCGAAGUGAUAAUAUAGAUAGAUUACAUAUUAUAUACAUGUCUAUUUUAAAUAUAUUUUUAUCUUCUAAGAAUGCUUGAUUUUUUGUUUUGUGUUUUGGAAUUCUUUAUUUAUACGUAUUAAUUAGAAUUCCAUAUCGCCUCCCCAAGAAAUAAAUGUUGGCUUUUGAGUUGCACAUUCCCUAGGCGAAGGGGUUUGGUACAUACAUAGUUUUAAGUUUAAUAAUGCAUAAUUCAUCCAGCUUGAAAAUUUUGAGCCGUGAUGAUGAUUAAGAAACAAGGGAAGCAACACGUGUCAUCAUAUGAUAUCAAAGCCUGCCAGCUGGCAUCCUCAUGACCAUCCAUCAUCACCGUGUGAGAUCGGGACGGUAAUGAAAUCUGGAGGAAUAAAUGAAGAAUAAGAUAUGGCAUCCCUUAUCUUGGUUUUGAUAGGUUUCUUUUUUGAGGAAACAAUUGUUGAGUAAACCCUUCUCAUUUUUUUGAGUGUAUAUUUAAUACGGAGUAUCAGACAUUCAGGCUAUCAGUAAUAUAUUGUCUGACUUUUUGGCGGGGAACAUACCUGUUUUCGU